AAGCUAGCUCUGUUUGUGCAGAGAAAAAAAAAGCAAAAUCAUUUGUGUGAAAUUCAUGUCAUAGAAUUCUUAAUACUGAUUUGAUUUGUUUGCAUUAUGUCUCGUGGAAGCAGUGCGGGUUUCGAUAGACACAUAACAAUUUUUUCCCCAGAGGGUAGACUUUAUCAAGUUGAAUAUGCAUUUAAAGCCAUAAACCAAGGAGGGCUGACUUCUGUUGCCAUCAGGGGAAAGGACUGUGCUGUAGUGGUCACCCAGAAGAAAGUGCCUGACAAAUUAUUGGAUGCCGACACAGUGACCCAUUUAUUUCAGCUGACAGAAAAUCUAGGCUGUGUUAUGACAGGCAUGGUUGCUGACAGUCGAUCACAGGUACAGAGGGCGCGAUAUGAAGCAGCCAAAUGGAAGUACACCUACGGAUACGAGAUUCCUGUGGACGUCCUCUGUAAAAGAAUGGCAGACAUAUCUCAAGUCUACACACAAAGUGCAGAGAUGAGGCCCCUUGGUUGCAGUAUGAUUGUGAUAGGCUAUGAUGCAGAGUAUGGACCACAGGUCUUUAAGACAGAUCCUGCUGGCUACUAUUCUGGUUAUAAAGCUACAUCAGCAGGGGUCAAACAGCUAGAGGCCAACAGUUUCCUGGAAAAGAAAAUCAAGAAAAAGCAAGACUUUACAUAUAAUGAGGCAGUGGAGGUUGCUAUUACCUGCCUAUCAACAGUGCUCUCUGCAGACUUCAAGUCGUCAGAGAUAGAAGUGGGAGUGGUGACUGCGGAGAGUCAACGAUUCAAGAAAUUAACAGAGGAAGAAAUUGACCAGCAUCUUGUAGCCAUAGCUGAAAAGGACUGAAAGAUCUGCAGUGACACACGUAAUAAUUGAGCCUUAUUACAAACAUUAAAAUGUAUCAUGAUCCAGACACAGUAGUCCAAUGUCCUUGCAUUUUGUUAUGUUAAUACAUGUAUAUCAUAAAAUAAAUACAUGAGAUUCACUUG